AUGCGUCCGCGCGGCGCGCGCUCGCGGAGCGCCGUCGUGCUCGAGCGCGCCGCGGACGACUACGUCGAUCGCCCGGCGCGUCGCGUCUCGAUCGGCGUCUCGAACGCCGACGGCGACGCGUCGAGCGACGACGAAGGCGCGACGCGGUUCGAGUGUCACGCGCUCGCGACGUCGCGCGGCGUCGUCGCGUGCGCGGGAUGCGCGCCGAGCGCGCCGGGGGACGGCGUCGUGUACUUCGCGCCGCGCGGGCGCGGUCGGGGGGUGUGGCGGCGCGCGCGAGGCGCGCGAGGGUGCGCGAGCGCGGCGGCGACGCGCGACGACGCGGACGAGUUCGCCGUCGGGAUGACGGACGGGUCGGUGUGGGUGUAUCGAUGCGCGCGCGAGCGCGGGAUGGAGGCGAGUAAAGUGGCGACGCUGACGCCGCCGGGAUGGGACGCGGGAUGGGGUCGGGCGCGGGACGCGUCGGCGACGCGGUGCGCGCGGCUGGUCGUCGUCGGUCGAGCGCGGCGCGCGGGGACGUUGGUCGCGCGGCACGGCUCCGGGGGGGCGAGCCUGGCGGUGUGGGACGUCGAGACGCUGUCGCCGUCGACGGCUUCGGGAGAGGCGAAGGGAUUCGCGUCGAUGGCGAAGAGCACGUGGUUGGGGACGACGUCGGCGUACGCGGCGUUGGGCGGCGACGGAUUCGUCGCGACGUCGAUGGAUCAAAAGAGCGUCGCGGCGGUGGAGGUGAACGAUCUCGGGCGCGCGCGGUUGAUUUGGCGCUCGAGGCGCGAGCCGGGACGAGGGGUGUUUCUCGCCGGCGCGGCCGUGAUCGACAGGGGAGGGACGUUGUCGUCUCGCGCGGCGACGUGCUCGUGCGAGGAGAUGGUGCACGGGACGACGUACGCGGCUCCGGAUUCGUCCGUAAAGCUCGUGAUUUUAGACGCCGAGGACGGCGCGGAGGUGAAUCGGUUUAGCAUCGAAGGGCUCGGCGCGUCCAACGUCUUCAUCGACUGCGGUUCGCUGUGCAGCGUGGGCGGGAGCUUAUUCUUGGCGCAUCGCGACGGCGCGAUUUGGGUCAUCAAUCCGGGCAACGGCGCGUUGAUCACCUCGCUUCACCCGGCGCAGCACUUUCACGACACGAGCGGGCACAGACGAACGCUUCCAAGCUUGCUCGCGAUCACGCCCGCUCGAGAUGAGAUGUAUGGCGCGACGUGUGACGGCGGCGUCGCGCACUGCUGGCGCGUCGGCAAUCCCACGCGCUGGAGUCGCGCGUCGCACAAAAACUUUCCCGCGGCGUUUCGCGAAUCCGUGCGAACGCUACUGCUGUGCGUGCACGCGCACGUCAACCCCACGCGCGCUAUGAUGCGCGUGAAAUUAGCGCCGCGAAACGUCGCGGACGACGACGACGUCGACGUCGACGGCCACGAACGUUUGCGCCACGUCGAAGGCUUCAUCGACGCCGCGGCGCGCGAACCGGCGCUGUUGGAGAUGAUCGUCGGGCGAAUGGCGCGCGCGUUAUUCGGGUGCGAGGUCGACGACGCGUUUUAG